AUGGAAGACUUGUUAAAAGAAACUAUAUUAAGAAAUACUGAACAAUCACUCAAUACUUACACAGAUAGACAAAAGAACACAGCAAAUGCAAUAGAUCCUAGCAUUGAUUUAAGAGGGUUAUAUUCUACCCUAAAGGAGCAUCCGGCAUUGAUGGACAGGCGUCUCAAAAUAGGAGGGAGAGUACCACCGCCGAUCCCCGAGAGUGAUUUAGCCAGAGGUGUACAAUCGAGAAGUAAAAGAUCGAUAUUUGACAUCGGCGUUGCCCAACCGAUUUGUCCAUUCACAACAGAAUGGGUACAAAUACGAAAUGCAAGAGACCUAAACAAUACUGAAGUGGUCGUGUUUCAACCUAGUGAUGACAACCCAAAUAGUUUUCAAUGGUUUUACACCGUUACCUGUGAUUAUGAGAGUCUUUUAUCUGAAAACGACGACUGUCCUCUCUGUUGCAGAGCUGUAAAUCAUAGACGAUAUUCUUCCCAAUGUAUACCACGAAAGACCUCCGUCAUGGCAUAUAUAAGUAAGCAAUUGGACUCUAAUGGCGAGUUUGACUGGGGAUACAUACAGGUGGAUUCAAGCUGUAACUGUGCUGUUACACGAAGACCGUUUUAAUAACAAUAGAUUCCAAACCAAUAACAUGGCCCAUCGCAUUAAGCAUCGAAAAUAUAUUUGUGAUCCAGAAAUUAAGAUCGAAUAAUAAUGCCCUUAUCCACUGUAACGUCUUACU